CGUCAAGCUGACAGCACCAGCACCAGCACGAGCAGCAGCACCAGCAACACUCUCUGCCCACCAUGUCCAAGCACUCCAUCGUCGUCCUGAUAUCUGGAUUUGGCUCGAACCUGCAGGCCCUCAUCGAUGCCUCGAAGCUGCCAACGGCCAACUUUGAAAUCUCGCUGGUCGUCUCCAACAAAAAGUCUGCCUACGGCCUCGAGCGGGCCGCCCAGAACGGCAUUCCCACCUUUGCCCAGUCCCUCAAGACCUUCAAGGACGAGGGCAAGACCCGUGUUGACUUUGACGUUGCCCUCGCCAAAGAAAUCCUGGCCCGAUCGCAGCCCAAGCUGAUUGUCCUGGCCGGCUGGAUGCACAUCCUGUCGCCCGAGUUCCUGUCCUUCUUCCCCGGCAAAGUCAUCAACCUGCACCCCGCCUUGCCCGGCCAGUUCGAUGGUGCUCAUGCCAUCGAGCGAGCCUUCGAGGCCUUCAAGAAGGGCGAGAUCAAGAACACGGGCAUCAUGGUUCACAGGGUGAUUCCCGAGGUGGAUCGCGGCGAAGUCAUCCUGAAGCAGGAGAUCCCGAUACUCGAUUCCGAUACCCUGGAGGCUUUGGAAGAGCGCAUCCACAGCCAUGAGCACCAACUCAUUGUUGCUGGAACGAUCGAAGCCCUGAAGGCCCUGUAGAGAGCCGUCCGCGGUAGCGAAGGGCUGAUACUGAAGCCCACCGUACUCGAGAUGAACGUUUGCCGAGUAUGUAUUCGGCCAUUUCACCAUGCCAGAAUCAUGUCUACGGCGCAUGCUGCCGCCUGGACGGGUCCGAACUCAAUGAAGCUGUCGUGGCGGGCCGUAAGACCCUCCGCACUAUCCAUCUCCAC